AGGCCAAAUAACGUCAGUUAGUUGGAGUUCGAAUACGAUUCGCAGCGGGUCGAGAGUACGAGUUCGGGCCAAAUAAAUAAAAAAAAGAAAAGAAAGAGAAAAUAAAUAAAUAAAGAGCACAGUGGGCAAAACAAGGAUGCCACGUAACGGCUACGAAAAUGGAGUCCCUAACGGUGGACAGGCGAAUGGGAACUACGAUGAGAACAAACCCACAUAUGCCCUGGAACACUUGGCCACCUUCAAGCUGAAGAAUGAGGCCGAGAUCAAGCAGCCCAAGGAGAAGAUGAAGCUGCUGGUGGAACUGGACAAAACUGGUGGCAUUUGGCCACAUAAGAUGUUCAUGAGCUUUAAUGGACAGUGGCUGGUCAUGUUGGACAGUGAUAUGAAUGAGAUUGAGAACUUCCCAGGCAGUUUGAUUACAGAGCCCACCGCUUUUAUCACUGAACAUCCACAGGAGUCUUAUAACAAUAUCUUAGUCUUCUCAGUGCCUGGAAUCUCUUUGGGUAACACCGAGAUGCACAUAUUUCAGGUGGCCGAUGUGAGUUCAGUUCUUUUGGUAGAGGAUUUGAAGCAGCUGAGCAAGGGAACUCCAGUAACAAUAGAUCGCAACAAGACUCCUAUCCUGCUGCCCAAACCGGAUAGACUAAAUCAGCAGCCCAAGGAUCAGUAUGGAAUAGCUGCUGCAGUGGCCGGAAUCGCAGCGGAGAGGAAUGCCCAGGACAAGGAGCAGACCGAAAGGGAUGUCAAAGUGAUCAACCACUGUUUCGAGGACAUCGAAAGAUUCAUGGCCCGACUUCAUUACGCCGCCGAGGCUCUUAACGAGUUAAAUUUGCGCAAAGAGCAGCAUAAUCCUCAUGGUGAAGGACUCCUUUUCCUAAGAUCACGACCACCGAUUGAAAGCGAGUUCCAUGACAUCUUGGCCAAGGUGAAACUAGCACUUAUCUACUCCGUUCGGUUACAAAACCACUUCACCAAGUCCACCGAUCCAGUCCACAAUGUCUUCAUAUCGCUGAAAACUAUCGUUAACGUUUGUAAUGAUAUUUACGUGGAUGCGGGUCUUCCAGAGGCAGUGGUUAAUCCUCUUCUGCGUCGUGAGACUAUUGCUUUUCUCAAUGGCACCCUUGACUCCAAUGAGAAGCAGUUGUGGCAGAGUCUAGGUCCCAACUGGACGGUUCCCAAGGAUCAGUUCAAGGAUCACAAAAGUUCCUAUCAUCCGAUUUUCUACGAUGAUUGGUCUCCCGAUUGGGUGGUGGAUGAGGAAGUACAGUACCUGGCUCCUGCUUUGAAAAAGACCACAACUCCAUCGCCAGUGGCAGUUCCUGUGCCUCCGAGUCCGGGCAAUCGCACUUGGUUGAAUCGUCUGGAGAGCCGCAAUGUCAAGAUCGCCGAGGUUUCCUUUAAUAAAUCUGCCACGAAUGACAAGGAAUUGAAAGUCACCAAGGGGGAGUAUUUGGAGAUUAUCGAUGACUCCCGCAACUGGUGGAAAGCCCGUAACUCUUACGGCAAUAUUGGCUACGUGCCGCACACCGUGCUCACGCCCUACAACUUUGAGCCUGGCGUAAAUGGUAGGGACACAGAGUCUUUGGCAUCCAUGGCUCUGACGGAAAAUGGUGGUGAGGAGGUCAACCCUCCACUAUAUCGCAACACCAUGGCCAUGUAUACAGCUCCUGUGGAGCAGCCGGUGACCAAUGGCAAGUCAAUGCCACGUUCCUACUCGAUGCCCAAUGUGCCAGUUCCACCACCGAUGCCGCCACCAAGUGACAGCCAACCACCCACUCCCAGUGGCACCCUCAAACGGAAUAUGGCUGCAGCAGGAGCUCUGGCAGCCAUGCGUGCCCGCAACGAUUGCGAGGCCGAUGACCAGGCCUACUACAUGCAGGACGAUGUCAACGAUGAGCUGCGUAUUUUGUUGCAGCAGCGAGAAAGACGCAAGGAUCUUGAGAUCCUUAAGACUCCUGAGAUCUUUAUCACCCAGAAUUCGAAGCCACGUGAAGUUGAGGAAUGGCUGCGUGGUAAGGGAUUCUCGGAUAUCAUAAUCAAGCGUUUGCACACGCUCUCCGGCGAGGAGAUCUUCGCCCUGUCACCACACACCAUCGAAAGUUACUUUGGCCAGCGGGAGAGUCGCCGCCUCAUCUCCCAGAUUGUGCUGCAAAAGAACUUCUGCGAGUACAAAACCAUUCGAUCUUCUGAGCUUUCUGCCAAAUUGGCACGUGCUCGUCAAAAGGCCGAUCAGUCUAAUGGCAAUCCCAAUGAGGUCUUCUAGUAUGAUUUCCAAUGUCCUGGAGUUAUAUUAACGCCUCAGGGGAGCUAAGUUUUGCCAUUAAUUUAUUUAUGUGUAAUAUUUCUUCAUUUAUGUUAAACAGUGUUCAUACAUAUAUCUAUAUUAAAACAAAAACCCA